CAGGGAAUUAUGUCCACUGGGAUUCGUCGGCGACAUGCCGAUGAAAAGAAGAAUAUUUUGGAAAAGGAGAGUUUGCAAAAUGACGAGACACAGAGAGAAAUGGAGAAAGAUAUCAGCUUAUUGAGGCCAGCUCACUGGAAUUUCAUUGGCUUAUUUUUUUUGGUACUCAUAAUUGGAACAACUUUCUUGCACAAAUGUUUGCCAGAACCAAAAGAUCCAAAUCAAGAAGAAACUCAAUUCUCGGAAAAAAGAGCCGUCAAAGUGCUACAAGAGCUAUCAGAUUAUGGAUGGAAACCAGCGGGAAGUUACAAUUGCGAAGAAUUGACAAGAAAUAGAAUAUUAAAAGAGCUGAAUGAUAUAAGAAGUCAAAAUCAAAAUGUGGAGAAUUUGAGAUUUGAUAUAGACACACAAUAUGUAUCUGGAUGUUUUGAUAUUCCAGCACAUGACACUGAAGGAAUGAAUAUUUGUUAUAGAAAUGUCUCAAAUGUGAUGGCCAGACUUGGAAAAGGAGAAAAGAAGGAUAAAAUUUCAGUUUUGCUGAACUGUCAUUAUGAUAGUUGGCCAACUAGUAAUGCUGGAAGUGACGAUCUAUCAUCAUGUGCUCUAAUGCUGGAACUUAUUCGUCUUUACUCAAAAAAUCCACAUUUGCUGAACCACGAUGUCAUUUUCCUGUUCAACGGAGCUGAAGAAUCAUCACUUCUAGCUGCUCAUGGAUUCAUCACUCAACAUUCAUGGAGACAUGAGAUCAGAGCAUUUAUCAACUUAGAAGCAAGUGGAUCUGGUGGUCGUGAAUUGCUUUUCCAAGCUGGUCCUGCGAAUCAAUGGCUUCUGAACUCGUACCUCGAAGCGGCAAUUCAUCCACAUUGUAGUGUAAUUGGACAAGAAGUCUUCCAAUCUGGCGUCUAUCCAGGAGACACUGAUUUCCGAAUCUUUAGAGAUCAUGGAAGAGUUCCUGGUCUGGAUUUGGCAUUCGUUCAAAAUGGAUACUGGUGGCAUACAGAGUUUGAUACUGCCGAACGGAUAACAAAAGGAUCAUUACAAAGGGCAGGAGAGAAUGUAUAUUCGACUUUGAAUCAUCUCUUGAAAAGUCCAUACUUGGAAAAACCAGCAGAGUAUGCUGACAGGAAGACUGUAUUUUUCGAUUUUCUAGGAUUGUUCGUAAUAAUCUAUCCACUCUCCAUUGCACAUUUGGUGAAUAUGCUGACAAUAUGUACAGUAAUCGCUCUCAUGUCACAUCGCUUCUACUCAAAAACAUUCAUAACUUUUCUGGCUCUUCGCGACUACGUACUCACAAUUCUGACGAUUGCCCUUGUACUCAAGGCCAUGACUUUUAUGUCACUCUUCACAUAUGGAGCGCUCCGAUGGUACACAAGACACUGGCUCGCUUUAGUCGCAUAUGGACUUCCCAGUGUCUGGGCUGGUAUUUCAGUUCAAGGACUUUUGACAGCUAGAUUGGCUCCAAAAGCUCGAGAAGAGUAUGGAUCUACAUUGGAAUUAAUUCAUCUCACAUUGAUCUCAGGAAUUCUUCUAGCUUUCACUUAUUAUGAUAUAGCCAGUGGUUUCUUAUUUGCUCUUCUUCUCGUUCCAGCGAUCAAAUCAAUUAUCACAUACUUCGGAGCAUGGCCGACUUGUCCAACUUUCAAUACAAUUCUCACUUUGAUAUUAAGUUUUCCUGGGUGUGCAAUGGCUAUUUACACAACGGAGAUGCUUUUAUCAAUUUUCAUUCCAAUCAUGGGAAGAAGCUCUUACAAUCCAGAGCCAGCUGUGUCGUUCUUUGUUGCUUUUUCAGCUGGGUGUAUCGUUUUGUCAUUGGGAGGACUAGUUGCGAAAAGUAGAAACUCCCGUUCAAGUAAUGAAGCUGGCCUUCUUGAACUCAUUUACAACAUUCUCGGGGUCUUACUUGUCACAUUGACCAUUUUAUACGUAUUCUCAAGUUUCUGGCCAUCUCCAUACAGAUUUGAUAAUGUUUAUCCAACAGCAAAACGAACUCAAUUUUUCCAUGUCAAUCAAAUGCUUUAUGAUAGAAACGGUCAAAUUUCGGUAAAUGAUACAAGAUUUUAUGCAAUUUCGCAUGAUUAUCGCGGAGCAGAAGAUAUUCCGUUUGUCAAAAAAGAUCCAGAAUACACAGGGCUUCAAUGUCAUUAUGAAAAUAACCCAUGGUGUGAAACUCCGUUCUUGUUCCCAACGAAGGGUAGACUGAAUGAAAGAAAUAUUCGUGUGAGAUCUGUAGACGAACGCUUGAAGUUCAAACAUCCCGUGAAAAUAUUGGGAAUAUCUAAAAGGCACGGAGUAGAUUCAAAAGAUGGAAAAGGAAACAUCGAGUAUAGCUUCUCAGUAAUUGGUACUGGACAAAUAUCUGUUUACAUUAUUCCUGACACUACUUGGCUGAUCACAAAUACUUCCGUAACUCAACCAAAAACACCACAAGAGAACAUGUUUUUAUACUACACUUGCUCUACUCCGAAUAAUAUUUGCGAAUGGAUGUUCAAAGUGACAAUAAAGAAAACAACUCAAACGCCGUCAGAUGAUAAACCACUUUUAAUCGGAAUUUCCAGUCAUUAUCUACAUGGUCCUGAAAUGCAAUCAGAAUCAAUAAAAAACAUGAUCGCCAAGAUUCAAGAAAAUCGAGUGAAUAGCCCCGAAUGGACCGUAACGGCUAGCGCUUGGAAUGUGGAUCAAGUCUAUAAAUACUUCUAAUACUAAACUGUUUCGUACUAAUUAAAUAGGCUCCACUAGAAAAUACGUAGUUUUUUCCUCAAUUACAUCAUAUCUGUGCCAAUCUACGGAGAAGUCAUUCAAUAAGAUAACUUGGCAUUAAUAAAAAUUUUUAAAUUGAA